AUGAAGCAAUUAAAAAUGUAAGUAAAAAAGAGUUAUUAAGAGGAUUUGAAGUAAAAAUCUCAUUUCAGAUCAUAUACAUUGUAAUCUGAUCAGGAAUCUAUAUUAGAAAAGUUAAAUACUUCAACUGUUAAAAUAUUAAAUGAAAUGUAAUAAGUAAAAUCAAAGGUUACAGAUGUGGAUUCUGAUUUUUAGAAUAGAUAAAAAUCUUAUGAAAUAGAGAAACAAAAAAAAAUUUUGUAAAUGAAAGAAGAAUAAUUGAAGAUUGAAUAAAUGCAAAGUAAAGGCAAACCAAAGAUAAACAAGACAUAAUAAAUAUAGGAUAUGAUUAAUAAUUAUAUGGAAGCUUCAAAAAAUAGCAAGUUUGGUGAUUUAUUACUAAAUAAAGAAAAGAAUUUGUAAUAAGAAUAUACAUCAGAAAUGAGACUUGAGAAUUUGAGUAAUCAUGAAAACAAUGACCCAGCAAGAAUAGCUACAUAGACAUUAGAAAGCACAUAAAUAUAUAAUGAGUAAAGCAAUACAAGAAAAUCGAAUUCUUACAUUCCAAUACAUGAGAGAGUUAAAUUUAUAAUAUAAACAAAAAAUGAUAAAAUUUAAGAAUAGAAACAAUAAUAAUAAUAAGAAAUUGAAUAAUAUUAUUAAGGUUUAUCAUUUCAACCUUUAAGCACAAAAUCAUAAAAUAUUAAAUUUACCCAAUAAGAAGCUGAUGCAUUUGUAAGUAAUUAAUUGAAAUGGAAUCAAUAAAGGGAGAGAUGGAUAUAUGAAUAAUAAUUGAAGAAAUAAAAUGACACACCUAAGUAUUCUUACAGACCAUCAAUAAGUCCAUGGCCUGUAAGAUAACCAAGUGUUCAGAGAAAGUAAUCUAAAUCUAUUAAUUUAUCAUUCUUCUAGCCAACAGUUUUUAAAACUGAAACUUCACCUAAAAAAGGUGAAAAAUCAUCCUUUGUCUUUCAUACAGACUUAAGAAUUGCUAAAAGAAAAGAAAAAGAACAAAAAGAAUAAAAAAAGUUUUUAAAAUGA